CCAAGACACAAUGGCUCAUUGACUCUAGGGUAGCUGCAACUGAAUGAUAACCUUAGGUGUAUUUCCAGCUUUGAAAGGUUGUCCGAGCUAGGAUGCCAACAAAAACAAGCGAAACGGGUGUCGUUUGCUGAUACCGUGUCUUCAAGUGCCCUACGUUGAGGACGAGAUCUAGCUACAACAGUGGCUAAUUUUACUUCAACUGGCAAUCUUUGUCUGAAAUCGCGAAAAUAAGCUCCCCAUGGCUCCGCCGUGGGUCAAGUUAAUCCUCUAUGGCCUCUUGUUUGUGGCCAUAUGCGGCACUAUAGCAUUAAUUCUCUGCAUUCGCGCUCUAUCAAUAUCGCAAAAUUCCAUAGUUCCGAAGUGGCGACGAAAGAAUAGUCCAACUCAUCUUCUCGUCGUCCUAGGCAGCGGCGGACAUACUGCGGAGAUGUUCUCUAUGUUGCGGCGUAUGAAACUCGACCCCUCGACAUAUACUUACCGCACCUACGUCGUCAGCUCGGGCGACAAUUUUAGCGCUGCGAGGGCUGUGGAGUUUGAGACAGAAUGGCUGAAGCAAAGUUCAAAGCUAUCAUUUCCUGCCAAUUGCAGCAACACCGCAGAGUCCUACGCAAUCGUCACGGUUCCUCGCGCUCGCCGUGUGCACCAGUCUUACCUGACUGCUCCUCUUUCAACCCUUCAAUGUUUUAAUGCUUGCCUUCUUGUACUCCGCGGCCGUCAUCCCGAGCAAAAGUCGCCGCUUCCGAGAACAAACUCGCCAUACCCGGACGUUAUCCUAACCAACGGUCCGGCUACUGCAGUCUGUAUGGUUUUGGCCGCCAAACUUUUGCGACUGUCUCACUAUCUGGAGUCUCUUUUCAAUAUCAAGAACCGCCAAGACAGGGAUAGCUCGAGAUCAUCCCACGCGAAGAGAUCAGAGGAUGCGUCAGCGCCAGUUUACUUCCAGCUGCGUACCAUUUACGUAGAGUCAUGGGCACGGGUCACAACAUUUAGUCUAAGCGGAAAGCUAUUGUUACCUUUUGCUGAUCGAUUUCUUGUGCAAUGGCCUGAUCUGGCAGGAAAACGGGCCUGGAGGGGCAUGAGGAAAACCGAAUAUGCCGGUACGCUGGUAGACUAGUUGCAUUCUGAUGGCGUUGAGAUUCAAUCUACCAUAUUUCUUAGAAUAUGUAUACUAUUACAGAUACUGUGAGAUAAUG